UUUCGUAUUGUUUCGCUCGUUCUUUCUUUCGUUUCGGUAUCUUUAGUGUACCUCAAAAGAGAGGCCGUUUUCAGGACAUUUAAACCAUGUACAACGGCAUUGGUCUUCAGACGGCUAGGGGUUUCAGGCACAAAUGGAUAUGUUCAAGCAAAUCUUUCUAAUUUGCUGUUAUCAAGGGUGACAAACGUAUUGAAUAUAAUAGCGAGGCUGACAUUCGCAGAGCAGAAGCACAGAUCAAUAAAGGACCCCAAUGAAGAGAUUCUUCAGCAUCAAAGGAAGAGAAUCAUUGAAAUGAAAUGUGCCGAAUUUGAAAUGCUUAUGGAAGAGAAGGGUUUUGAUGACGAUGAAAUACAGAAGAAGGUUUCGGAUUAUCGGAAACUUUUGCUGGGUCAACUCGAGUCGGGCGAACUCAACCUGGAUUCUGAGCUUGACACUAGAGAUUCACACGCCAGAGCAAAAGCCGCUGUUAAGAAUCGCGACAAGAUGAGGGACGCUCUGGGACUGAGUAAAGACUUUGUCCCCGGAAAGUCAAUGGAGAAUAUGAAGAAAACCGAUGUGGUCGGAGCUGCCCUCGCUGCACCAACUGCGAGUGCUGGAGAUUCGUUACUCAGUUCACUAAAGAAGGAAAUGAAGGAGAAGUCUGAGACAAACAAGGUAGGUCGGCUCAUCGAUUAG